CUCUCCACCUGUUUCCUCACAUGUCGCUUCCUUGUAUUCUCUUCCAUUUUUUCCUCUCCUUGUUUUGUCAUAUAUCCUCAUUCCCUUGAUUAUUCACCUCAGAUCUUUCCCUCUCUCACUGUGUCCUUCCCUUGUUUUUCUAAGUCAUUGCUCAUCUUUUCUCCUCUUCUUUAAUUUUCUUUCCCUUUUCCAUUUAAAUUAAAUUUUCUCCUGUUGUUUCGUCUCUCCUCUCCUCCACUGUCACUUUGCUUCCUCUCAUCUAUUUGCUUAAACCUCCUCUCCUCUUUCUCAAGUCUUAACAUUUAUUUUCUCUGCUAUUCUUGUUUCCUCUUCAGUCCCGUCUUUUCCUUUCACUCUGUCUGCUCUCCUCUCCCUCUCAGUAGGCAGGUCUUUGGUCGAGAGUCAGCCCACAGGGGGGAGUGGUCUUAUGAUGUAGCCGGGUUAUGAGCGCCGUUCCCCGGCCAGCCUUCCAGCUGUGACUUGCUGUGACUGCCUCUUUAUCCUCUCGCCCUUUCGGCGGUUCUCGCAGCAGGGGCCUGUCUCCGCUAAUCAAAGAUGGACCUCCGGACGAGCCUCCCUGCUCUCCUUUUCCUCUCUGCCGUCGUCCUGCAGUCGGUGUCCGGCGCAGUUUCACGGACAGGACCGAAAGUCACAGAGAAGGUAUUUUUUGACAUAACGGUGGGAGGUCAUGAGGUGGGGCGGAUCGUCAUUGGUCUGUUUGGAGAGGUCGUCCCUCUAACAGUGAAUAACUUUGUCGCACUGGCAACUGGAGAGAAAGGUUAUGGGUACAAAGGGACGAAGUUUCACAGAGUCAUCAAGGAUUUUAUGAUCCAAGGAGGAGAUUUCACAGCUGGUGAUGGGUCUGGAGGUCACAGCAUUUAUGGAACAACUUUUGCAGAUGAGAACUUCAAACUGAAGCACCUUGGAGCAGGCUGGGUGAGCAUGGCAAAUGCUGGGCCAGACACCAAUGGGUCCCAGUUCUUCAUCCUAGCUUCCAAAGCUCCGUGGCUGGAUGGGAAACAUGUGGUUUUUGGCAAAGUCCUGGAUGGGAUGGCUGUGGUUCACACCAUUGAGCUUCAGGACACCAACGACAGGAACCUGCCAUACACAGAGUGUGUGAUCGUCAACAGUGGCAGGAUCCCCGUUAAAGAGCCCUUCGUAGUGGAGGUGGAGGGCUGGUAAAUGCCAAUGGUGCAAGACUGUCUGUAGGAGAAAUAUAGUAGAAAAUACUAUACAUUAGUGAUUAAUCAUUAGUCCCACUGAAAACGUGCCAGUUUUUUAAAAUUCCUUUAGUAUGUUAACGUGCUCUUUCUGGGGUGCUAGCAUGUUGGACUGGGUACUUUUUAACACACUUAUAACUAAAAAAGUCUAAAAAUUUCACCAAGCAAGCUCAUAUGAUGCUAACUGGGAACAUAUUAACUCACAAGCUAAUGUUUACAUGCUAACAUACACCAGUGGCUAAUGUUAACUAUACAUGUUAAGUGUUGUAAUUCUUAACAUGUAUAGUAAUAAUGAGCUUGCUAAUGCUACCUUGUUAGCAUUCAGCAAUUGUGGGUAAAGUAGCUAAAGCAGAUUGUGACUUCUGAUUGAUUUCCAUUGUAUGCAGAUGUAAUAUAAAUUGGAAAUUUCUAUUAAGUUAUUAACAGAAAUCGUUACAGUAGCUAACUAACAGGUAUUAACUUUCUGAGAAAACAGUUCAAAAGAAGGUGUUAAACCUGGAGUGCCAAUGUACAGGUUCAUAAAUAUUAGUAUUAGUAUUAAUAUUAAUAUUAGUUUGUCAUUCUUAGACCAUCAAAUGGAAGCUUUACAUUUCCGAAAUGACCCAUUUCAGAGUUGCGGCAGGGAAAAGGAAAAACAUAUCAACACCUCAAAAUACAAAGUCUUUAACAGAGGAGUCGUGGCAGUGUGUGAGUCGCUGUGUUCAGUAUUCAUCAGGUUCACUGUGGUAAAUGCUAAUGGUGUUACACAUUAGUAUACUUCACUACUUUACGUGGAUGAUGCCAGUUAGUAUCAUCUAGCAUCAGUAACAAAUAAUGAAGACACUGUAUAAUCUGCCAUCAGAAACACUUAUGUAGCAUUUGUGGCCAAAUCAUUUUUUCUUUGCCAAAUGCACUUCCUAUGCAUCUAUUUCAUAAAUAUCAGAAUUUUAAAAUCUGUUAACAUGCAUAUGCAAGAAAUAUGUAGCACAUGUCAAGUGCCAGAUAAUGUUUUUUUUAACAUUGCAUCACUGUAAACAUAGCGUUUGCAUUGUGCUUGGGAACACAUUAUGCACCAUAUCAUGUUUGCAAAAACUACAGCACAAACUGCACAGGAUGAAAUCGUUCAAAAAUUGUGAAAAUGAGUUCUGUACGGACGCUUUUCAGUGAAGUUGGUGAACUGUCAGUUCUUUUGUAACGACCCCAAAACUGUCAUGGUAACAUACUGUAGAACAUAUUCUUGUGCCACUGCAGCUAAUACAACAUUUAAACCUCUUUAAGAAACAUUUUUUCUUUAUUUCAGCAACAAUAAAGGAAAGUGCCAAUGAAUAUGUUUUCUACAAUAAAAAUGUUAUUGCAAAACAACCGGAA